AUGACCAGCAAAUGCAUUUUGGUGACAGGAGGAGCUGGUUAUAUUGGAACUCACACCGUUGUGGAACUCAUAAUUGCAGGAUAUGAUGUUGUUAUAGUGGACAACUUUGUCAAUGCUUUCUCAGGUCAGUGAAAUUUAGCUAGAGUAUCUCUUAAGGAUGCAUGCCAGAAGGCACAUCUCAUCUUGCACAGGGGACCCAAUAUAUCACAGUGCCAAGAGCUAAAAUAAGAGGGUAUUCUGAAUCAUAAUAAAUUUAUUGAUUUUUACAGAGAGUGUGAAGAGAGUGGAGGAAAUCACUGGCAGAAAGAUUCCUCAUUAUUCUAUUGAUUUGUUAAAUAGAGAAGCUUUAAAGGAAGUUUUCAAAAAGGUAAGUUGCAGUCUUGAAGAAACAACCACCACCACUGGCACAAUGUUAUAUAAGCAGUGCCAUAGCAAGGUUAGAUUUAUUGGGGGGAGGCCAAUCAUGAGCACCAAAAGCGUAAGUUGCUAGGGGGUCUAGGGGCAUGCUCCCCCGGAAGAUUUUGAAAUAUAGGGUCUCUGAAAUAGCAUUUUCAGCCUUUUGACAGCAUUAAGUUCGACCCAAAAAUUGAACCGAAAAGCAGCUGGAAGAGCCUGGCUGCUGACCAAAUUAGAUGUGCCUGUCAAAAUUAAUGGGGGGGGGGGGCAGGCCCCCCAGCCCCUCCCCAUGCUAUGGCACUGAUAAGUAUAACACUUUGUUUGGCAAAAGAAUUAAAAAUUCCUUCUUUCUUAGUCAAAUGUACUCUUUGUUGAGCAAAAUACCUUUUCUCUUUUUUUUUCUUCUUUUCUUUUCUUUACUUUUAAAAAUAUUCCAUUUUUCAUUCAGUACCCUUAACUCACAUGGCAUGGUUCCCGGCCUUGUCUGGAACCCAGGAACCUUCAAGUGUUCAUUUUUUUUUUUGGGCAACAGACCGACCCACCAUCACAAGAGAUGGAGCAAUGGGAAACAAAACAUUUUAUUGGGAUGGCCUAACAGCAAAAUAAAAUAAAUGAAUGAAUGAAAGUAAAUCAACUGUGCUGAAAAGUACAUGUUUUAUACGAGUGAACUUCGUUUGACUUUGAAAUGAGUACACACUGAUUUUGUAAUGAUUUGGAUUGUUUUGUUAUUUCAUUUCCUAUGAAUGUAGAUUAUAUCGAUCUAUUGCUGCCCCCUGGAGAUAAGCAUCUGCAGCCAGAAAUAUGUUUGGGUUGCAGAGUACUAGUCUUGUUUUGUUGUUUUGUGAUAGUCGAUAUAUAUGCCAUGGGUUGUCUUCCCAAUCAGAAUGUCAAUGAACUUGUGAAGAGAUUUUUGACCACAGCAAAUUUUAACCUUUGUUUUGUUUUCUUUUUUGCCUUUCCAGCAUGAAUUUUAUGCAGUAAUUCAUCUGGCUGCUUUAAAAGCAGUUGGAGAGUCUGUAGAGAUUCCACUCCGGUAUUACCACAACAAUAUCACAGGUUCUGUCAAUCUGUUAGAGGUAAGAGCAUUACUGGGAGAAAUUAAUGGCCUCCAUGGAUGAUAAAUGAAAAUUCAGAAAGGAUCGAGCUCUUUUAAGCCCUGCAGGUGCCAACUGAGUAUAGGUUAUGGUUACACAUCUGCCAUUUGUGCCUUAAAUUUGGAACUCUAUUUAGAAGAAUUUGGUCUCAAUAGCAGAGUAAAAGGCACAGGACCAAUGUCUGUAUUACAGAAGUAUCUGUAAAGAAAAAGUGUUUCAUUUAACACUGUACCAAAAACUCAGACCUACCAACUCUCAUGAUAUGGUCUGAGCAUGAGACUCACGGUUUGGGCUAUCAAUUCACAGUCUCACAAUUUAACCUCCAAAUGUUAUGGCGAGUAGUCAGAAAAUCUUAGGUAGGAAUGAACUUAGGCUCGAUUUCUGAGAGCGAUUUCCUGAACAGUGGCUGGUAAUCCAUAUUUGACACAUAUUUUGGAAAUCUUCACAUCUGAGGCCCCAAUUUCUAGUGGUUUUUGGUAGGCUUUUUUCUCCCAAAAUCUCCAGAAUUGUAUAGUUUAUUAGUUUUCAGGUCUGCAAAAUAUUUUACACAAACCUCCAUGUGUGACCUCCUCUCAUAAAGGACCACCUCCCAUAGGCAGCAAAAAUUUUCCAUUCAAAUCAAAGGCCUAUAGUUAGAACCUCUCAUAAAUGGCCAUCUCUUAUAAGUGACCCCAACUAUUUUUUUCUUGUACCUUUUGUAAGCAACGGGGAUUGGCACUUGGGCCCAGUUGUUCAAAGGCCAAUUAGUGUUAAGCCAGGAUUAAAUUUAACUUUAAUACGGUUUUCUUUUUCCUUUGUUCAAAAUCAUUUUCUCGGAUGAUUUUCCUUAUUCUUGUUUUAAUUAGAGCAUCCAAUUAUAUCAAAUUGUCAACAAAAAAAGGUAAACUGAAUUUGCUUUUUUAAAGCUUUCGUAUCUGAAUUCAAAUUUUGUACUAACUUUGGAUUUUCUUAACCCAGCUUCAAACAACUGGGCCUGGGUCUGGUCUCUAUAUUCACUUUACAUACAAAGCUACUCAGAAUAUGCAAAGAACUUUUUAGUGACAAAACGGAACUACCCAUAUAACUUAGAAACUGCUUGCAGUAAAUUCUCUUUCAAAGAGUAAUCAUGUCAAGACCUCUACUUGUAAAGGAUCCCUUGUGGUUUGAUUCUUGUAAGCAACCAUCUCCUCAGUUUAGUAACUACCAAGGCUUUGAAUUUUGGGUGUCCCUUAUGGGAGGUUCAACUGUUACAAUGGUUCAUUAAGCUUCAUUAUGUAUAAGAGCAACCAUUAUUAAUGGAAUACAAAUGUAGGUCUUUAAAAGUGAUUUCCAGAGAACUAAAAGUUUAUUAUAAUAGUAUCUGCUUGUUCAUAAAUGAUGAUGUAAUUAUGCACUCCUGUUUUUUCUGCCUUUCAGUGUAUGAAGGAAUGUGGUGUUUGGAAGUUUGUGUUUUCAUCAUCAGCAACCGUUUAUGGGACACCACAGAACCUACCCAUCAGUGAAGACCACCCUGUGGGUAUUGGCAUAACAAACCCAUAUGGCAGAUCAAAAUUCUUCAUUGAGGAAAUCAUCAAAGAUUUAUGCAAAGCUGAAAAGGUAUUAAAAAUAGGUUAUUUAUGACUAAUUUAUGGUUUAAUUAAAAUUAUGGUUAACGAAACGUGGCUGGAGACUGAUUCAAAACUCUUUAGGGACGGACCAUUAGAAAAGUUAUGGGGGGGAGGGGAAUUUUCGAGCCACAGGAAUUUUUUUCGUUAUCAAAUUCCUUGUACGAAUUUUUUUAAGGCAAUAGCAUGAAUAUUUUUUUAGGAUUAAUUGGCGUGCAUGAAUUUUUUUUCAUUUUAAUUUUCCCUUGCACGAAUAUUUUUUUUGUACUUUGCCCGCCCCCCCAUAAGUUUUCUAAUGGUCCGUCCCUUAGUCACUUCAAUAAAAUCAGGGUUUAUACGACUCAAUCAUUGCAGAAAAGGGAAAACAGGCACCUAUAUCUCUGCAAAAUAUCAAUGGAGAAAAAAAAAUUGGAAGGGGAUUACAGUAAUUUGGAGUGGAAGAAACUGGGUGAAAGAACCCUUGUGGCACAAAACACUGCAUGUAGAAAACUCCACAAGACCACCAAAUCACAUGAACAGUGUAGAACAGUACUAGGCAUGGGCAUGUACAGACCAAACACUUACUGAAAGCACUGAACAAAGGUGCUCUUUGUUGGUAAAAAAGUGCAUUCAGUUAUUCAAUUUGAUAAAAUGUUACCCAAAUAUAUUUUUAAUGUCUUUUUGAUUUAAUAAAUAUUGUUAUUUUGUUGACAAACAGAAUAUGAAUGCUGUGCUGUUGAGGUAUUUCAAUCCUGUUGGAGCUCACAAAUCAGGCAGAAUAGGUGAAGACCCUCAGGUUAGUGACAUGUAAGGAAAAACAUACCAAAAAUUAAUUGAUUGGCCAAUCAAUAAUGUAUGUAAAGGGGACAUCAAUGAAAGACACAUAGUGGUACUUUUUUUAAUAAAGAUUUACAGUGAAGCAGAUAGUUAAUGAAGCGUAAUGCACCAGAGCUUCAGGGGAUUGUUAUUGUUAUGAGUGGAGCAACUUGUGCCAUGAAAAGAGCCAUGAAUGUACAAUAGUAUGAUAUCUUUGUUUUAUCAUAGUACACAGUAGUUACUUGAUACAUAGUUACUUGAGUGCUUGCUUGAUAGCAUUCUAGAGAGAGUUCUCACAGUCUAGAGAUUACCAGUUUUACAAUGUAUACCAGCAAUAAUAAUAAUUGAUUUUUGUACUUGUAUGUUCCAGGGUAUUCCAAACAACUUAAUGCCUUAUUUGCUACAAGUUGCAGUGGGCAGAAGACCUCAUCUAAAUGUGUUUGGAAAUGAUUAUGAAACUACUGAUGGCACAGGUAGGGCAAUAAUACCACUUGUGUAAUAGUGAUAUCAUAUAUAUUUUGUUUAUUGACCUUAACUCUCAGAAAAUGUUCAAUACAAUGCAUUUUUCCUUAUUUUUUAUUCAGCUCUUUGCUUUGAGUUUUAAGUGUUCAUUUUUAAUUUUUUCCCAAGGUGUGCGGGAUUACAUCCAUGUGGUAGAUUUAGCUGUUGGUCAUGUUUCUGCCCUGAAAAAAUUAGAAGAAAAUUGUGGAUGUAAGGUAAGACUAUCUUGGAUUUUUAAAGAAGAAGUGAAUUGGAAACAAAAUCCCCAAGUGUCUCCUGUGAACGUGACAAAAGUAUGUCCAAGAAACUGAUUGAGGUACUCAAUUGUCUGAGUAAUUAAAUAGUCCAAUAAUUAUUAUAGUGUGAAGUAUUAUUUUGUUGUGCCUGCAGGUCUACAAUCUUGGUACUGGAAGAGGAUAUUCUGUUCUUGAAAUGGUGAAAGCUGUUGAGAAAGCAUCAGGAAAAACUGUAAGUAAAGGUACACAUGGUUCUCCAAAAGCUCUGGUGACUGGCUAAAAUUGCCAUCCAGUUGACACAGAGGUGCUGGCUACUCACAGAAAAUAAUGUUUUAAGUGGGGCAAUAAAUCGGUUGUAUUUCAUAUUGUUUUGGUUCCCAACUCUUUUGUUCAGGUGAUAAAAAUGUGUGUAAAUAAAGGUGUCAUCCUCAUGGCGAAAAUUUCUUUCCCUAGUCACUGAAAAUGCGCUGAAAUGCACUUGUCAGGAACCCCAAAAUAAAAAUUGUCCCUUGGAAGGCCCCAGGAUUUCCCCAAUAAAAAGGGGUAACCUCCUUCCCAUACCUACCCCUACACACAGUUCUGCCAUGUCAAAGAUGUCUCUUGUGGGCUUUAAAUCCGUUGUUGCCUACUUAAGGUUUUUCUCUGUCUACUUCAAAUUUUCUGGAAAGCCCUGGUUAACAGCCUGUAAUGAGGGGAUAUCAGACUCAUCCACUUCUGGCUCUAAAACCUGAGUUAAUCAAGAUUGUUAUCCCUGAGAGAAAGGCCAAUAAAACGUUUAUUUUUAUAACACUGGUGACGUUUUCUAGAAAAUUCAAGAACUGAGAAUGAUUUUAUGUCCACAAUUAAGUUAAGUGUGUUUUUGAUCGUUGGGGUUGAAUGUUAGCCUGUUCACAGAUCUUCUAUUGUCCCCUCAAAGUCCAUUGAGUGCGCGUCAUAAAAAAUAAAAACUGCGGGGGAUUUAUUGACCUUCAGUGCAAGGGGGUAGGGGUGGGGAAGAAGAAAAUAGAGGUUCUUUAUUUUUCUUUCUCAUGCUCCGCGCUCGUUCCUGUGCUUCAUGCUCGUUCUCACCAAUGUUUUCAAAAAGAAAAAUAAAAGAACGUCUGUGUACAGGCUAGUUGAAUUUUGGCCACGUUAGUGUGAUCAUCAGUGCUCUUUUUUUGUUCUAGGCCAAAGAAAUUUCAUAUGAGGGUACUGGGCACCAAUCCAUGUAUUAUGGGAUCAUUCAUUGCAAGCCCUACAUAAUCAGAUAGAGUUCAUGAAGCUGUACCAAAUCCUCAAUGUUUACCAAGCCAAAAUUGAACAAGAUAUGGCCAAACUCCAAAAUUAGUUAUUAAUACUUCUUGUUCUAAGAAAUAAAUAGAAAUAAUUUUAUAAGUCUGUAUCUGUAAUCCAUACAUUUUCUAGUAAAUUCUGAAGUUUUAUAUUGGCUAUAUCGUGUUCAAUAUUUUUCUGAUCACAUUGGUGUGCUCUUUAAUCUGAUUAUGUGCCUCUUGUGUUAAACAAUCACAUAUCACACAUAGUUGUAUCUGGUAUAUAUGAAAUGCGGCAAUCCUGACUAAACUAUUAAACUAUUCUUCAUUUAUCACAGGUUGAGUACAAGAUUUGUCCACGCCGUGAAGGUGACGUGGCAUCAAUGUUCUCUAAUGCUUCUUUGGCUGAAAAAGAAUUGGGAUGGAAAGCUGAACGUGGGCUUGAUGAAAUGUGUAAGUUCUCAGAGAUCUGCUAAGGGUAGCCUGUUCCAGGUGUUCGGAUAGUGGAGUGCGGCGUGAAUGAAGAGAGCGAGAAAAAAAUAAGGUGGAAAAGAGGGAGAGGGAGAGAGGAGGGAACUUGCUCUCACCCCUACCCCACCCCCUCGCUGUUGUUUUUUCUGCUCACAUCUUUUUGCGCUAUCCCCAUGAUCUGAACACCUAGAACAAGCUAUGCUAAGGGAGGGAACAUUGCUUGCUCUUUCAUUCUGCUUUGUCUUCUGAAAGUCUGUUCACAUUGUUUUGUAUGGUCAAAUGUUCCAACAGCUGUCAACCAACAGAUUAAGGGUGUAGGGCUGUUCUUUAAUUUUUGAACAAAAUUUACCGACUGUACCUAUACCAGUAAGUUGCAGAGGAAGAACUUGAUUGCCAAGUAGAAUUGAAAAGGAAGGUUACAUUAUAAUUAAGUACUUAGUUUUUACAAAAAAGUCCCUUAAAAGCCAUAAAAUAAUUGAGACCCGGCCCACCAUCAAAGAUAACAACCCAAUGCAAUGAACAUGUCAUCAGCUUGCCCCAGGGUAGUACCCCAGACCAACGUGGGGAAUGUGUCAGGGAAUACAAGAGGAUGGAUUGGAUGGGAUGCUAAAUUUAACCGUAUUUAUUGGGCUAAGCAUGUACUUUUUAAUGUGGUGUUAACAAUGUUGAUUCCUCAGGUGAGGACUCCUGGAGAUGGCAGGUACAGAACCCACAGGGAUUCAACACCGCAGGUAGCUAACAUCAACAAUUUAUCGCCUGGUGGUCCUGUGGUGAAAGUUUAAAAGUGAUGCUAUUUUUGAAAGAAAAUGU